AUGACUUCAAGUAUCCUUGCUGUGAUCGUUGCGAUCUUUGCAGUUAUUAGCUCGGCACAUCCUAUGGAGAAGCGUCAGGACGAUGGUUCGUGGAGUUUAUAUGCAUAUGGCCACAACAUCGAUGGGCUGCCCAUCUUCUAUGCAGAUGGCCAAGCUCAGAUCGGUGAUAUGUCCCUAUCAAAUGCAACCAACAAGUUCGCAUUUUCUUUGACGUUUGGCGACAAUCAAAGGACCUGGGUUGCUCACUUUGAUAACACGACCACCCCUGCCUCCAACACUACCAAUCUGCUGGGAUUGAGCGAUACUGGCUCAAUGGCCUGUCCAGUCGUUUUUACCCCGAGCGUCCAGGCAAGUAAUAAUUCAAGCAGCCUGUCGACACCACAAACCGACGUGUGGACUUUAUAUGGAAAAUAUGUUGUGUGCAGCCAGGCCAAGGUCAACUUCUAUGCCCAACCGACAGGACAAGAUGGAUGGUACAUCUUGCUAUGGAGUGCAACGGCAGAUGCAGCUCUUAAGAAUAUCCCAGUGACCCUAAGAACAAUUGGCCCUGCCUCUGGUUAA